AUGAAAGAUGGAAGCGAUGAAAAAUUCUUCAACACUCCUUCAAGACAAGAUGUCGCUGGAGCCAACGUUCCAACCAGUGGUCAUGUCUUGAAGGAAGCAACUGAAGGCUGCCUAGAAGGAGUUGAAAAGCAAUGCUUGAUUGGCCUGCCUUGUUUUGUUUGUGCAGCUUCAGGGUCUUUCAUCCCUCCUGAAACUACAGAUGCCAACAAGUCUCAUCGGGGAUGCCGUCACCACUGUGAUUUCUGUGACUACGAGACUGAUAAGCGGUCUAACCUGACAGGACACAGGAGGGUUCAUACGGGCGAGUGUCCAUUUAACUGCCACCUGUGCCCCCAGAGUUUCUCACAGAAGUCUUCACUGAGCAUGCAUGUGCACACCCACACUGGUGAACGACCAUAUAAAUGCCACCUGUGCCCCCAAAGCUUCUCGCAUAUGAGCACCCGGAAGAAUCAUGUGCUCACUCACACAGGUUACCGGCCAUAUCAGUGCACUUCAAGCCUCCAGGCGUUUUCGCGUCGUGGAAACCUCAAAGCACACCUGCACUGCCAAGUAAAGAUCCUAGAAUUUAAAUUUGCUUUCUAUUCCAAUGAAAAGCAAUACCUUUCUUGUUUUCUUUGUGCAGCUUUGGGGUCUUCCAUCCCUCCGGCAACUAUAGAUGCUGAGAAAUCGCAUCGGGGACUCCGUCACCACUGCAACUUGUGUGACUACAAGACUGAUAGGCCUUGUAACAUAAUACGGCACAUGAGGGUUCAUACGGGCGAGCGGCCGUUUAAAUGCCACCUGUGCCCCGCAGGCUUCUCACUAAAGGCCACAUUGGACGGUCACCUGUGCACCCACACGGGCAAGCGACCAUUUAAAUGCCACCUGUGCCCCCAACACUUCUCACUAAGGACCACAUUAGACAGUCACAUGCUUACCCACACAGGCGAGCGACCGCAUAAGUGCCACCUGUGCCCCCAAAGCUUCUCACAGAAGUCGACACUGAACAAGCAUGUGCGCAUACACACUGGCGAGAGGCCAUAUCAAUGCCCUUCAUGCCCCCAGAGGUUUAGGCAGGGGGUACACCUCAGAAAACACCUGCUUCUGCAUAAACGCCAGUGAACAUUUCAAUACAAUUUCUACUGCACAAGAUUUUUACAAGCAUUUCAUUCGGUCGUGUGGUGCAGCCAGAAAACUGCACUUAGCUAUGAUGUCACUGAGCGAUGCCAAGAUAAGCUUAGCCAAGCCUACCCCUGGCUAUUAUGUCACCUCGCGAAGCCAAGUUAAGCUUAGUCAGGACUGUUAGGCCUGGCUGAGCUGAAUUAUGCCUUGUUCAUUUGAGUCAAGACUAAUUAAGCUACCUUGUGCCUGGUUGAGCUAAGCCUAAUUGAGCCAUAUCUAAUUAUGCCUAAUUGUGCUAAGCCUAACAUGGAGAAAGAAAGCAUAGCAUAGCCAUGUGUAGUGUAGUAUAGCAAGGGGGUGGGAAAGGGAAGUAAUGGUGAGGAGAAAUAAAUGAGGAGGGGAGAGGGUAAAACAUAUAGCCAUGUAUACUACAGUACAGCAAGGGGUGGGAAAGGGAAAUAAAGGUGAGGAGGAAAGGACAAGGCCGCCAGCUCCGCUCUUCCCACAGUCUUCACACCACUAGCGUAUAGAUGCCACAAUUUUUCUUUUUUGAUAAAGGCACAUUUUAUACAAGUUAUCCUAGAGCACCAUAACAUUGCUGGUGUAUGUAGCACACCAUUGAAGCUUAUUGUCACUAGAGUGUCUGUAUGCAUGUAGUAGAAUGAGUGAGAAUGUUUCAUUAUUUCUUUAUGCUUUGUUACAAUGUUCUUCACUAACCAUUUGAAUAUUCUCUAUGUUAUAAUAAGGUCAGCGAAAAACCCUUGUAUUUUUAUUGAUGAGUGACUAUGCACUGUUAUUCCACCAAGCUGUGUAUGUGUACAUUUUGUACUAAUUUUGGGAAUCUGAAUUGAGAAAGGCUCUACUGGGGAGGGAGAAGGAAAACGCAAGAUGUUGCAAUGGGGUUAAUUAACAGGAUGUUCCAGCUUAACCUAAAAAAAAUUUCCGU